AUAAUGGAAGCUGAGCCCCAGAGGGAACCAAGAAAUUCAUCCGUAGUGAGCUCUGACCGGAUAUCAACGGUGUCUGAGAUUCCAACGAGCCAGGUCGAAGACCAACUUCUUGUCGACAGCAAGCCCAUCAAUUCGAAAAAAUCCACAGAACCGAGAUUCUUCAUAGCAAACGAUGCCACGGAGCCUCUUACGGGUUACGCCUUCUUCUUCCUGCGUACCUCACUCGACGCGGUAACUCCAGAAAACAUCGCACAGGUGGUUGCCUUUCAGUUCCACAACCCACAGAUUGGCACUUUUUUGGACACCGCCUACGUCCUCCUGCGUGACCUCUACAUCCCCGCCAUCGAAAGUAACCAGAACUGGGGCUGUCUGGACGAGGAGCCAGAGGAGAAGGAAAAACUGGUCGGAGAGUUUUUGGAUUCCGCUCGUGGAUAUCUGCGCUUAUUGGACCAAAUUAGACAGGGACCGGGUGUGGAGUUUCAGCCGUUGGAAUCGGUGGAAGUCCGAGAACUUGUCUCCCAUCUGGACGAAGACAUCGACGUGAAGACAAUCAAGAAAGGUACUAUCGAGAAAUUGGAGCGUACCCUCACCGCAUGGAGCAAACAAGUAGAACUGGCAAUCAACAAGGUUAACCUCAUCAUCAAGGAAUCGGCCGAUGCUGGUCCUGCAGAUGAGCUGGACUACUGGCGCGCUCGCUGGAACACCCUGAAUAGCCUCUUCGAGCGCAUGUCCAGCAAGGAGGUGUUGGUGGUGCUGCGGGUUCUCGCAGCGGUAAAAUCAGCCACAAUCAAUCGCUGGAGUGAACUGAAUGAUCAAAUAUCGGAAUACACGAUCGAGGCUAAGAGCAACGUCGAGUUAUUGACUAAUCUGGAAAAUCAUUUUGGAUCAAUAUAUCAGUUACCGCUGAUGAGGCUAAAGGAACAGGUACCAGCCCUAAUCCACUCUAUCAAAGUGAUUUAUGAAGUCUCCCAGUUCUACAACACAACGCAAAGAAUAACCUCGUUGUUUGUAAAGGUGACGAAUCAGAUUGUUAGUGCGUGUCGUCGCUCAAUCUACGCCGGCGUGGACAAAAUCUGGGAGCUUCCAAGUGAUGAUGUUUAUGAAAGGAUCGAGGCUUGCAUGGACUUGUACCAUUUCUAUCGUGAGAAUUUUCGUUCAGCGAGGGAUAAGCUAGCUGAAUAUCCCGAUGGAAGACAGCUUAAUUGCAGUGAGAACAAAAUAUUCGGUAAAUGCGCCACCUUUUGUCGACGGCUAGCGGAAAUUCGUGAUCUCCUGGCGGUUGUGGAGAAUUUGAAGCCCCUUUUGAGUUUGAGGGCGGAGGACACCGCGCCGGCGAUCUCUGCGUACCAGGGCAUGCUCGAUUUCAUUCACGAGUGGACUGGAGACCCAACAGAUCCACGGAACAAACAAUUUACAGCUGACCUGGAGACCUUCCAGAAUCAAAGGAAAGCCCUCAUCUCUCAAAUAAACACCCUAAUGUCUAAAUGGACCUCGAGGUCCCUUCCGGCAGUUCAUUUGCUUCAAUUCCUAGCCCUAUUCGAGAGGCUACACGAUCCAGGCCUGGAGUUCAGGGCACGCUACGAGGAUAUCCUGAAGGUGUAUGGAGAUGAGUUGGUGCGGAUCGGGGACAUUUAUGAAUCCGAAAAGAAGAAUCCACCUCUGGAACGAAACGCGACUCCCACGGCUGGCAGAAUCCGGUGGGCCCGAUUCUUACUUCAGAGAAUUCGCCAACCCAUCGAUGCUAUUCACGAAAGAUGUCCUGAGGUUCUUAAGACAGCGGAAGGACAGAAACAAGUGAAGAGGUUCAACCAGUUGGCCACAGUUUUGGUAAAGUAUGAGGCGGCUGUGUAUCGAAAGUGGUGCAAAAAUGUGGAGGAUUGGUCAGCUGGUCUGCUGGAGACGCCACUGCUCACGCGAGCUCCUGAGACUGGCCAGUUUUCACUGAACCUCGUCAUGGCAUCGCUGACCAUCAUCAAGGAGGCCCAGUCCAUCCUCAAGGUCGGUCUCAGCGUGCCCAAGGUGGCUACGGAUCUGCUCAUUCAAGAAAAGCAGCUGAAAGCCCACACGGAUCGCCUGAAAGAACAGCUACAGCGCUUUGACGUACUGCAGCAUUCCAUAGCGCAACAGCUCUUGCCAAUAUUCCAACCGUUUUUGCAAGCAGUGGCAGAGGCUUUCUCUCCUGGCUUAGCCAAUUUUACGUGGAAUUCGCUGCAGUUCGAUGACUUUAUCAAGAAGGUGACCUCCGCUCUGGAUAAUUUUGAGUUUAUUGUUAAGAGCACCAAUGAUAUACUCGAAUAUCGAAUUGAAUUAUUGCUGGAAGAAGUUUCUACAAUGCCUCUUUUUGAACUGCAAACCUCCAGCGCCAUUUCUAUUGACCAGUUCACUAAAACACUCGAGGCUUCAUUGUCGUCAACCACUUCCGAGUUAAAUAAGAAAAGCCAACUUGUCGAGACGGCUGUAAAUGAUCUUGUCGAGGUUUUACUGAAAAACCUGAACGACGAAUUCAAGGCAGUUGUGUCGAAAGGCUCACUCUUUGCUUGCUCCAAACCCACCCGAAAGGGUCAGCGGUGCACGAACUGCCUCAAUUGCCUUUUCUUUGACUUACUUAACCGAUUCAGCCUUCGCAAUAUUGAAGCUGUGAUUGCAGGUUUAGUGGGAGUUCUAGGCGAGCUUCGAUCCCGCCUUCAGGUGGAUGUCGCCAUGACGAAGUCGCUGGAACCUGGGCCGACGGCAGCAGAAGCGGAGGCCUUUUUCGUCUUGGAUUUGGCCCUAGAGAUCCCCAACAUCGUUUGCAAGCCCUCCUUGAACGAAUUGCAAACAGGCUUCAACAGAGCCAUUAAUCUGAUCCUUCGGGCGUCCGAUGGCAUCAAGCCCUGGCAGCACGUCAAGGAAUGUCAGGCAGCAUUUAAGAAAACUCAAAGCGUCCAUACUAGCGAGCGCCUGAAUGAUGGCCAGGACCUUUCUGCGAACGCCUUCCAGUCGUUUCCAGCUAACCUGCUACAGCCUCUUCGAAGAGUCGUGAUGGACAACAAGAAUGUCGUGAAACUUGUGGCCGACUUGAACUCCUCAAUCACGUAUUUCUCCGAGGACGUCUCCCGACUGCUCAAUCAACUUACUUCCAAAUUUUCCGAACUAUGGAAGUUCGUGGAUCCAAAAAGUGCAGCAAAUGAAUUCAUCAGUUCCAAGCCUUCUAUAUCUGAAAUCAGCGAAGAAAUGCAGCGUUACAAGACCUUCGAGGAUGCGGCUAAUGACCUUCCCCCAGCCUACCACAUGGGUUCACUCACAUUCAACACUCAGCGACUAAAAGAAGGUCUCGUAUCUGAAUGUCGCGCUUGGCGUUAUGCCAUCGGCUGUGCACUGAACACACAGUGCGCCGUCGAGAUGACCUCGGCUCUCGAGAUAAUGGAGAGUCUCCUGAAACGUCUCCAGUGUCAAAUAAAGGACCUAGACGACGUCCGCGCCCAGAUGGCAGCGCUGGACGAAUUCAGGCAAUCCGAGAGCUCCCUAGACGUGUUCACAAUCGAUCCGCUAAUCAAGGCUUAUGCGUUGUUGGCGCGAUAUGAUAUCCACUUCAAUGAUGGAAACGCUGAAAAGGUGGAUAGUCUAGCCUACACUCUGCACAAGUUGAGGGCACAGGCUGCGGUAGCGAGCAGUCACCUGAUUUCUAUCCAACCUGUUUUCAGAGCUGAGUUGGAUGCUGGCGUGGAGACUUUUGAGCGAGAAAACGAACAGUUCACUGUGGAGUACAAGACGAGAGGACCCAUGGAACAGAAUAUAGAUCCACGUGAGGCCUCCGACCGCUUGGCACUGUUUCAGGCACGCUUCGACGACCUCUGGGCUAGCUAUGAGACCUACUCGGAUGGGGAACGCCUGUUUGGUCUGCCUGUUCGCGAGUACCCCGAGUUGCAUGCCAUACGCAAGGAACUGGCUCUUCUACAGAAGCUCUACCAACUUUACAACGCCGUCCUGGACACAGUUGGAGGAUAUUACAGCAUUCCAUGGACGGAAAUCGAUAUUGAAUUGAUCAAUCAACAAUUGCUUGACUUCCAGAUAAGGUGCAGAAAAUUGCCGAAAGCAUUGAAAGAAUGGCCAGCCUAUGCCGCAUUGCAGAAAACCAUCGACGACUUCAACGAGACCUGUCCACUUCUCGAGAUGAUGGCGAAUAAGGCGAUGUUGCCACGUCACUGGAAGAGAAUUGAGGGUGUCAUUGGUAGCCAGAUUGACGUCUACGCCGACGGCUUCCUGUUACGCAAUCUGAUGGAGUUGCCUCUAUUAAAAUGCAAAGAAGACAUUGAGGACAUCUGCACGUCAGCUGUGAAAGAGCGUGAUAUCGAGGCGAAGCUGAAGUUGAUAGUCAAUGAGUGGACCGCUCAAGACUUUCAGUUUUCCGCGUUCAAAAAUCGUGGAGACCUUCUUUUUAAGGGCGAUGUCGCCAUCGAAGCGAUAGCCCUGCUGGAGGACUCGUUGAUGGUGUUGGGCUCACUCCUUUCCAACCGCUACAACACAGCCUUCAAGCCGAGGAUCCAGGAGUGGGUGAAGAAGCUGAACAGCACCAAUGAAAUCAUCGAAAAUCUCUUCCAAGUGCAGAACCUGUGGGUUUACCUUGAGGCCGUUUUCGUCGGUGGCGACAUCGCCAAGCAGUUGCCGCAGGAGGCGAAACGCUUCGCGAGCAUCGACAAGGCCUGGCAGCGGAUUAUCCAGAGAGCCCACGAGACGCCCAAUAUCGUCACCUGUUGUACCUCGGACGACACGCUGGCCCAACUGUUGCCGCAUUUGCUGGAGCAACUGGAACUUUGCCAGAAGUCGCUUACGGGAUAUCUGGAGAAGAAGCGCCUCGUCUUUCCCCGCUUCUUCUUCGUUUCGGACCCGGCGCUCUUGGAAAUUCUCGGCCAGGCGUCCGACUCCCACACAAUCCAGGCUCACCUCCUCUCCGUGUUCGACAGUAUCAAGUCGGUGACAUUUGACGAAAAAACCUACGAUCGGAUUUUGGCUGUUAAUUCGGCCCAAGAGGAAUCCAUCGAAUUAGAACUACCCGUGAUGGCCCAGGGCCACGUGGAAGUCUGGCUGGGCAACCUGCUGAAGGCGUCACAGGACUCCCUGAAACAAGUCAUUUACGAGGCCUACUGUGCACUGAUUGACGAGGAGACGUUCGAUUUGCUCAAAUUCGAGGAAACCUUCAUCGCUCAAGUCGGUCUCCUCGGUAUCCAGCUGCUGUGGACACGAGACGCCGAAGAGGCCCUUAGCAACGCCCGCGUCGACAAGACAGCAAUGCGUGAGGCCAAUCAGCGCUUCCUGAAGAUCCUGAAUCAGCUGAUUGGAGUCACCACUCGCGAGCUGACCUCCAUUGAAAGGACCAAGUACGAGACCCUCAUCACCAUCCACGUUCAUCAGAAGGACAUAUUUGACGGACUUGUGAAGGCAAGAAUCAAGUCACCAAUGGACUUUGAAUGGCUCAAGCAGUCGCGGUAUUACUACAACGAGGAGAGGGAAGAGUAUGUGGUGAGGAUAACCGACAUCAACUUUGUGUAUCAGAACGAAUUUCUCGGCUGCACUGACCGACUGGUAAUCACCCCCCUCACAGACAGGUGCUACAUAACACUGGCACAGGCUCUUGGAAUGUCUAUGGGCGGCGCGCCAGCAGGUCCCGCUGGCACUGGAAAGACAGAGACGGUGAAGGACAUGGGUCGUUGUCUGGGCAAGUACGUGGUGGUUUUCAAUUGCUCCGACCAGAUGGACUACCGCGGACUGGGUCGCAUCUACAAAGGCCUGGCACAGUCUGGCGCGUGGGGCUGUUUUGACGAGUUCAAUCGCAUCGACUUACCCGUCCUCUCAGUCGCCGCCCAACAGAUCGCCAUCGUGCUCGCGUGCAAGAAGGAGCGGAAGAGUCAGUUCACAUUCACCGAUGGCGACGUCGUCGACAUGAAUCCCGAGUUCGGCAUCUUCCUCACUAUGAACCCCGGCUACGCGGGUCGUCAAGAGUUGCCAGAAAAUUUGAAAAUCAACUUUCGGACUGUCUCGAUGAUGGUGCCUGACAGGCAGAUCAUCAUCCGCGUCAAGUUGGCCGCUUGUGGCUUCCUCAAGAACGUGGAGCUUGCAGCAAAAUUCUACACGCUUUACAAGCUGUGCGAGGAGCAACUUUCUAAACAGGUUCACUAUGAUUUCGGCCUGAGAAACAUCCUCUCGGUGCUCCGGACUCUGGGCGCUUUCAAGCGAGCUCACACGGACCAACCAGAGGAGACUUGUGUGAUGCGAGUGCUGCGCGACAUGAACGUGAGCAAGCUGGUUGACGAGGAUGAGCCGCUCUUCAUGUCCCUCAUCGAUGACCUCUUCCCUGGAAUGCGUCUCGACAAACAGGGCUACCCCAGCAUGGAAGCAGCCAUCAAGAAACAGGUUGAGGAGCAGAAACUCAUCUUCCACCCUCCGUGGGUGCUGAAACUGAUCCAGAUGUACGAAACGCAGCGCGUGCGUCAUGGCUUCAUGGCUCUAGGACCAUCCGGCUCAGGAAAGACCUGCUGUAUCAGCAGCCUCCUGGCAGCCAUGACUGCGGAAUCCGGCGAGCCAUAUCGCGAGGUGCGCAUGAACCCCAAAGCCAUCACCGCUCCCCAGAUGUUCGGUCGUCUAGACGUCGCCACAAAUGACUGGACCGACGGCAUCUUCUCCACCCUGUGGCGCCGAACGACGCGAAUGAAGGCGACCGAGCACUGCUGGAUUGUGCUGGACGGGCCUGUGGACGCAAUAUGGAUUGAAAAUCUUAACUCAGUCCUCGAUGACAAUAAGACUCUCACGCUGGCCAAUGGGGAUCGCAUCCCAAUGGCACCGAAUGCAAAAAUUGUCUUCGAAGUUCAUAAUAUCGACAAUGCAUCCCCAGCCACAGUGUCUAGGAAUGGCAUGGUCUAUAUGUCGAGCUCCAUUCUUGACUGGAAACCCAUUAUUCAAGCAUGGCUGCUCCGAAAAUCGGUAAAGACUAAAGAGAUGGUAAUGAGUGUGCUGCAGAAGUUCUUCGACAGUGCCUACCAUUAUAUAAUUGAAAAUUUGAGCGCGAAAAUUGAGCUUCUUGAAUGCAAUUACAUUAAGCAGCUUAUUGAUCUGCUGGAAGGGGAAUUGGAAGGUCGAGAUGAGAAAGAUCUUCCUGAAGACUUCUUCACGAAACUGGUCAUCUUCGCGGCGAUGUGGUCGCUUGGAGCUGCGCUGGAAUUGGACGAUCGAAGAAGACUCGAGACCCACCUCAGGACGAAUCACUCGGAUCUCCCCUUACCGAAAAUCAAGAAGACUGAAGACGGGGAUACAAUGUUUGAAUUUUUUGUCGAUAUCGACGGCGAAUGGAAGCACUGGAGCACUCGGGUCGCUGACUACUCCUACCCACACGAUCGCACCCCCGACUUCACAAAACUUCUCAUCCCCAACGUAGACAACACACGCACCGAGUCCUUGAUACACACCAUUGCGAAGCAGUCAAAGCCUGUUCUACUUAUUGGUGUUCAGGGAAGCGCAAAAACCGUGAUGGUGAAGGGCUACUGCAGUAGAAACAACCCGGAAACCCACAUGGUCAAGUCGGUCAAUUUCUCGUACGCGACGACACCCAACAUGUUCCAGCGCACCGUGGAGAGUUUUGUGGAGAAACGCGUGGGCUCAACUUACGGACCGCCGGCGGGCAAAAGGCUCACAAUCUUCAUCGACGACAUCAACAUGCCCGUGAUCAACGAGUGGGGCGAUCAGGUAACCAACGAAAUCACCCGACAGAUGAUGGAGAUGAACGGAUUCUAUAACCUCGACAAGCCUGGAGAUUUUACCAACAUUACUGAUAUCCAGGUGAUCUCAGCCAUGAUCCAUCCCGGGGGAGGUCGCAAUGACAUCCCUCAACGACUCAAACGCCAGUUCUCCAUCUUCAACUGCACCUUACCCAGUAACGCCUCAAUGGACCGCAUAUUCAGCUGCCUCGCUGAGGGAUACUUUUGCGAAGAACGAGGUUUUUCACCUGAAGUUCGUGAAUUUGCUAUCAAAUUGGUAUCGACAACACGUAUCCUAUGGCAACGUGUCAAAGUUAAGAUGCUGCCGACACCAGCCAAGUUCCACUAUGUCUUCGAUUUGCGUGACAUCAGCCGAAUCUGGCAGGGAAUGCUUCGUGCAGAGGCAGAGGUUAUCGGUUCCCCCAAACAGCUUCUUGCCCUGUGGUGGCACGAGACAACCAGAGUAAUCGCAGACCGAUUUAUCGAUUUCGAUGAGAAGAAGUGGUUUGCGAAUACACUUAAACAAACAGGUGAAGAGGUUGCAGGUUCUGAGUUAGCCUCGGAACUCCACUCCACCGAACCCUUCUUCGUUGACUUUUUGCGUGACCCGCCAGAGGCAACGGGUGAUGAGCCGGAUGACUUCAUCUUUGACACCCCAAGGAUCUAUGAGCCUGUGAAUGGACUUGAGGCCCUAGCAAGUCGACUCAAGCACUUCCAGACAUUGUACAAUGAGACGAUACGCGGUACCAAGCUCGACCUCGUGUUCUUUACCGACGCGAUGAUCCAUCUGGUGAAAAUAAGUCGGAUUCUUCGUCUGCCUCGAGGCCACGCACUGCUAGUUGGUGUUGGCGGAUCCGGGAAACAGUCACUGACUAGGCUAGCUUCUUUCAUUAUGGAUUACAAGGCAUUCCAGAUAACACUAACAAGAACCUACCAUGUAUCGAAUUUGAUGGAUGACUUGAAGAUACUCUAUCGUACUGCCGGCCAUGAGGAUAAGGGGAUUACCUUCAUCUUUACUGAGAACGAGGUGAAAGAAGAGGCUUUUCUUGAACCUCUGAACAAUAUACUCGCCUCCGGCGAGGUAGCCGGCCUGUUUGCACGCGAUGAAAUGGAUGAAAUGCUCGCUGACCUCGUGCAACCAAUGAAACGCGAGUGUCCGCGCACACCUCCGACCAAUGAAAACUUACUCGACUACUACAUGGGCCGCGUGACUCGCAAUCUCCACGUUUGCCUCUGUUUCUCGCCCAUUGGUCAGAAGUUCCGCACACGAAGUCUGCGCUUUACUGGAUUAAUAUCGGGGUGUACCAUGGACUGGUUCCAGCCUUGGCCUCGAGAGGCUCUUGUUGCGGUGUCUGAACACUUCCUAGAGGGAUUCGCUAUUGCCGGCAGCUCUGAUGAACCGGUCAUCAAGCAAGCCCUAGUAGAGAUAAUGGGGACAUUCCACGAACGCGUUUCAACUGCCUGCAAUGACUACUUCCAACGAAUGCGUCGGCAAACCUACGUCACUCCCAAAUCCUACCUCUCCUUCAUCUCAAGCUACAAGCAGACGUACUCUACGAAGCAAAGCGAAAUUGCAGCUCUCGCCGGUCGAAUGUCCACUGGUUUAGAAAGACUGAAUGAGGCAACCUUGGCGGUGAAUGAGCUGUCGGCUGGGUUGGUUGUUAUGGAGAAGGAACUUGCACUGGCCAAUCAAAGAUCAGAGGAGGUGCUAUCGCGUGUUAAGCAGCAGGCGAGUGCGGCAGAGAAAGUGAAGGAGCAGGUGCAAGCUGUAAAGGACCGCGCCGAGAGCCUGGUGGAGGCCAUUGGAAAGGACAAGAAGGUUGCCGAACAGCGCCUGGAGGCCGCUAGACCGGCUUUGGAGGAAGCAGAGGCCGCACUGAAGACCAUAAAGCCAGCGCACAUCGCUACGGUCAGAAAACUAGGCAGACCACCACACCUCAUCAUGCGCAUCAUGGACUGCGUGUUGAUCCUCUUCCGCAAACCACUCGAUCAGGUCACGCCUGAUCCAGAAAAGCCCUGCCCGAAGCCUUCAUGGACUGAAGCCCUCAAGUUAAUGGGGAAUACCAGUUUCCUCUCAAAUUUACUCAACUUUCCCAAGGACACUAUCACUGACGAAACCGUUGAACUGAUGGAACCAUACUUCCAGAUGGAGGACUUUAACCUCGAUCAGGCCAAACGCGUGUGCGGUGACGUGGCUGGUCUCUGCUCCUGGACCACAGCUAUGGCGGCAUUCUUCGCUGUCAACAAGGAGGUUCUACCAUUGAAAAACAACCUUGUGAUUCAAGAAACCCGACUGGCUCAAGCAAUGUCCGAACUGAACAGUGCUCAGGCACAGCUGGACGAGAAGCAGGCCGAGUUAGAUCGUGUUCAGGCCGAAUACGACAAAGCGAUGGAUGAAAAACGACGUCUUGUGGAUGACGCUGACGCCUGCAGACGGAAAAUGGCAAACGCUACGGCCCUCAUUGAGGGGCUCUCUGGUGAGAAGGCGCGUUGGACGGAGGCCGAGGCCCAAUUCCACACACAAAUCGAACACUUGGUUGGCGAUGUCCUUCUGGCUACAGCCUUCCUUUCCUAUGCCGGUCCCUUCAACCAAGAAUUCCGCAACUUGCUUAAUCAGGGUUGGCACAAUGAGUUAUCGCGAACGAGUAUACCAAGAUCACCGGGCUUGAAUAUAGUGAAUAUGCUUGUUGACAACGCAAUUCUUGGUGUAUGGAGCCUCCAAGGCCUGCCUGGUGAUGACUUAUCGAUUCAAAACGGACUGAUCGUGACAAAGGCCACUCGGUUCCCUCUACUUAUCGAUCCACAAGGUCAAGGCAAGGCGUGGAUCACUAAAAAAGAGUCUGGAUCAGACCUCAUGGUCAGUGCACUGAACCACAAAUACUUCCGCAGCCACCUCGAAGACGCUCUCUCUCAAGGCCGUCCUCUGCUCAUAGCCGAUGUCGGGGAGGAGCUGGACCCGGCUCUGGACAACGUCCUUGAGCGCAACUUCAUCCGUGUGGGCAGCCUGUACAAGGUGCAGGUGGGUGAUAAGGAAGUGGACGUCGCCGCAGACACCUUCAGGCUCUACUUGACAACGAAACUGGCCAACCCUGUCUACUCUCCAGAAGUGUAUGCGCGCACAUCCAUCAUCGAUUUUACCGUCACCAUGAGGGGCCUCGAAGACCAGCUUCUGGGGAUCGUUAUCAUGACGGAAAAGAAGGAACUCGAGGCAGAACGAACAAGUCUCCUGGAAGAGGUGACAACGAACAAACAGAAGGUCAAAGAUCUCGAAGAUAACCUGCUUCUUCGACUAACAACAACUGAAGGUAGUCUAGUUGAAGAUGAGUCAUUAAUCAAGGCUCUUCGUGUUACCAAGGCAACAGCUGAGGAGGUGCGCACAAAGUUAUCGAUCGCCGCUGAAACUGAGAUAAAAAUCAACACCGCCCGUGAGGAGUACCGGCCAGUGGCCACCUGCGGCUCAGUGCUUUAUUUCCUCAUCGUGGAGAUGUCGAUGGUGAAUGUCAUGUACCAGACCUCACUGCGCCAAUUCCUAGCUCGGUUCGAUCUUUCAAUGUUGAAAUCACCACGUUCUCCUGCUACACAGAAGAGAAUAAAGAAUAUAACCGACUAUCUCAUGCUCGACGUCUUCCGUUAUAUCGCUCGUGGGCUUUACGAGAAGGACAAAUUCACAUUCACCCUGUUGCUAGCACUAAAAUUAGCUCUCCAGCAAAAGAAGAUCACUUCAGAGGAGUUCCAAAUAUUCAUAAAAGGAGGGGCAGCUUUGGACUUGAAUGCAGUCGAACCGAAGCCUCGACAGUGGAUCCAGGACAUGACCUGGCUCAACCUUGUCGAGCUUAGCCGUCUUCCCAACUUCACAAAUAUUCUCAAAGACAUUCCGCGCAAGGAAAAGGUAAUCCAAAGAAGCCAUUUUAAAAAUUACGAAAAAUCAAAUCACUUGGGGACGUCGUCAAAACCCCUUGGUAUCCUCGACCACUACCAAGUGCUAUGUAGUUUCUCCCACCCACGUGAAGUGCAGCGCGACAAAUUGAAUUUCUACGAGCACUUACUAUGCACGAUAUCCAUAUUUUCUUCCAAGUCAUGGAAACGGUGGUUCGAUAGCGAUGCACCUGAGGAAGCUCCACUUCCCGGCGGUUACGAAGCUGCGAUUGAAGGCCAAACUUUUCAGCGCCUAUUGCUUAUUCGCUGCUGGUGUCUGGACCGAUGUCUUCCAAUGGCUCGACGAUUCGUGCGUGAGCUCCUGGGCGACCAAUUCGUGGAUCCCAUCAUCACCGACCUCGAGGUGAUGGUGCAGGAAGACUCCGACGUUCGGACGCCUCUCGUGUGCUUCCUCUCCAUGGGCUCCGAUCCGACAGAGAACAUCGAAAGACUGGCCAAGCGCCUUGGACUGACGUGUGGUGCAAUUUCCAUGGGUCAAGGCCAGGAGGUCCACGCCAGGCGUUUGAUAACAAACAGCAUGACUGAAGGAAAAUGGGUCCUGCUUCAGAACUGCCACCUUGGGCUAAACUUCAUGGACGAGCUCUUUGAUUUGAUUACAUCAUCACAGAACGUUCACGACCGUUUUCGUUGCUGGAUAACUACAGAGCCCCACCCCAAGUUCCCCAUAGCUCUGUUACAGAUAAGCACCAAGUUCACCUUCGAUCCACCAAUGGGCGUACGAGCGGGACUUCUUCGCACCUACACUAUGAUUGGUCAAGAGGGCGAAGACCAAUUGGAAGCAAGUAGUGCCCCACAAUGGAAGCCAUUGCUAUACGCCGUAGCCUUCUUACACACCAUCGUACAGGAACGUCGAAAAUUCGGACCGAUUGGCUGGAACAUUCCAUAUGAAUUUAACCAGGCUGACUUUACUUCAACUGUCCAGUUCAUUCAGAACCACCUGGACGACAUGGAUCCACAUAAGGGCAUUUCCUGGCCGACGGUGCGCUACAUGAUCGGCGAAGUGCAGUACGGAGGUCGAGUGACGGACGACUACGAUAAAAGACUACUCAACGCCUAUGCUCAGGUCUGGUUCACUGACCAACUAUUUGAGGACACUUUUGAGUUCUACACGGGCUAUGGCAUCCCAAAGAGCCGAACUGUUGACGAAUACCAGGCCCGUAUAUCGGAGCUGCCAACAACCGAUUCGCCCGAGUGCUUCGGUCUGCAUUCCAACGCCGACAUAACAUAUCAGACGAACAAUGCCUCGGCAGUCUUACUGAUGAUCUCCAACAUCCAGCCAAAGGACUCAUCUGUCGGGGGCACGGAGACGCGUGAGUCUCUCGUCAAAAAGAUGGCCGAGGAGAUGCUCUCCAAGGUGCCACCCGACUACAACCCUUUUGAGGUAAGUGCCGCGUCGUCAUUGCAGUCUUGUGUGGGUCUGCCGAUCGGGGCUGAAGAAGGGAUGGUGACCGUCAGACUAUUCUCCAGAGCCAACCGCAGCAUGGUUAAGGAACUAUUGCAGCAGCUAGAUCACCUGAAACCACUGCACAUAUUUCUCCGACAUGAAAUCGACCGCAUUCAGCGCGUCAUCAGUGUGGUGCGAGUUACUCUGAGUGACUUGAAGGUGGCGAUCGAUGGAACCAUCAUAAUGUCGGAGAGCCUUCGUGACGCCCUCGACAAUAUGUACGAUGCUCACAUUCCCGCUCUGUGGAGGAAGGUGUCAUGGGAUUCGGCAACUCUGGGAUUUUGGUUUACUGAUCUGCUGGACAGGAAUGCGCAACUGCGUAAUUGGCUGUUCCAUGGACGACCCAAGUCAUAUUGGCUAACUGGCUUCUUUAACCCUCAGGGCUUCUUGACGGCCAUGAGGCAGGAAAUUGCUCGAGCCAAUAAGUUUGCUCUCGACGUUGCCGCGUUGACCAAUGAAGUAACUAGGAUGUCCCAAGAAGAAGUUUCUCGUGCACCCAGCGAAGGCGUGUAUAUCUUCGGACUCUACCUGGAUGGUGCUGGAUGGGACAGGAAGGCGGCUCGACUAAUGGAACCGCCAUCCAAGUUACUCUACACCUCACUUCCAGUUGUUCACCUCUCAGCCUACUGCACCGCGGGUCAGACGUCUCAAUCCGCGGCGACAACAGCAUUCACUUACAGCUGUCCGGUGUACAAGAAGCCCGCACGAACGGACCUCAAUUUCAUUUUCCCCUUGCAACUGAGAACGAAUCGAGAUCCUAGCUACUGGAUUCUCCGCGGUGUUGCCCUUUUAUGUGACAUUAAGUGA